GUAAUCCAAACAACCACAAUCACGCUGUUGUCACGGGAACGGAAACCGGCGUUUGUGGUUGAUUAAGAGAGACAGUUGGAAACUAAUAAGUUUCAAAGGAAAGAUUCAAAAUGAUCAAGCUAGGAGACAAUUUUCCGAACUUUCAGGCUGAGACUAGCACCGGAAAAAUAAGUUUCCACGAGUGGUUGGGCGACUCGUGGGGCAUCUUAUUUUCACAUCCACAUGAUUUUACUCCUGUCUGUACGACGGAACUCGCCAGGGUUGCAAAGUUGAUACCAGAAUUUCAGAGACUGGGAGUUAAAGUCAUCGCUUUGUCUUGCAAUUCUGUAAAAUCUCACAAGGAAUGGAUUGAGGAUAUCAAAGCAUAUGGUGGAAUAAAGUCACCCGAAUUUCCGUAUCCAAUAAUUGACGAUGAAUCUCGUAGACUAGUAACAAUGCUGGGUAUGAUGGACCUCCAAGAGCUUGAUAGCGCAGGAAUUCCAGUAUCAGCUCGAGGAGUUUUCAUCAUCGAUUCAAAGAAGAAAAUGCGAUUAUCUAUUUUGUAUCCAGCGACAACAGGAAGAAAUUUCGAGGAAAUCAUCAGAGUUAUAGAAUCGAUGCAGAUGACUGACAAGCACAAAAUUGCAACUCCCGUUGACUGGAAGAAAGGGGAUCCUGUGAUGGUCCAGCCAACUGUUACUGACGAAGAGGCCAAGUCUCUUUUCUCGACGGAGAUAAACACUAUUAAUCUACCUUCUGGUAAAAAUUAUGUCCGUGUCGUAGACCAACCUACCGAUUCCUAAAUACUUUACGAAUCUGAAAGGCAGAAACAAUUUCAGAAGAAGUUUUGUAAAUUGAUUUAUAUUUUUGUAAUCCAUAAUAAAAAUUCAAUAUGUACAAAUAUUAGAGAUGUAAGUUAAAAUCAAAAUUUCUGUUCAUUGCCACUUUCGUAACCUUUUAAAUAAAAGACGUCCAAUA